UAUGAGUAUAUGUUGUUUAUGGUUCAUCACAAAUAAUCAGCUGUUCGCUGUUAUUUACGAGAAAGGCACGAAAAGAAUUAUUACUUAUUUAAUUAUUGACCAUUUAAACAAUAUAAAAAGAUGUCAGAUAAUAAAGAAAAGGAACCUGAAGAGAAACCUGUAGUAGCAAAAACAGCAGUGGAUUUGCAAAGAUUAAAACUAAUGAAAUUAAUGAAAAACAUGGAUAAACCAGUUAUAUUACCAGAUCGUCCGAAAGCCAAAAAUACACCCUCUGUACCGGAAUUUGUGCGUAAUGUUAUGGGUAGCAGUGCUGGAGCAGGCAGUGGAGAGUUUCACGUGUAUAGACAUUUACGGCGCAAAGAAUAUGCGCGACAAAAGUUUAUUCAGGAAAAAGCGCAAAAGGAACAUUUGGAUGACGAAUAUCAUCAAAAGCUUGAAGAAAAUAAAAGAUUGGCAGAAAAAGCAACAGCGAAAAAACGUGCUAAGAGAUUGAGAAAGAAACAAGGACGCAAGCAGAAGAAACAAAUAAAAACUGCAAAGAAAGAUAAUGUUAUCACAGAUGAAAAAAGCAGCAACGAAGACAGUUCAGAUGAGAAUGAAGAAACUGAAGUUACUGGAGAAAAAAAUGAAAUAGAAAAUCAAGAACAUUCGUUAAAAGAGCCUUUUGAAGUGAAAACGAAUAAAAACAUUCAAUGUGAAAAUGAUACAUGACAAUUUAUAUCAACAUUUUUUAAUAUCUUGUUAGAUAUACAAUUUGAUUAUACAUGUAUGUAUAAUCAAAAUUUAACAAUCAAAUAAUUUAUUUGAAUGAUCAUUGAUUAGAAUUAUAUCAUUCUGUAUUAUAAUACAAAUUCCAUAUGUGUUUUUUCAUGUAUGUAAAUAUGUCUGUGAUGAGUAUGUUUUAUUAAGAUCUUUUUUAAAAUAAAUAUUAGAUGUUUAUAAAUAUUAAAAAUUUGCUUGAAAAAAAUCUUAUUUUCUCAUACUUUACAAAUCUAUAUUGUAGGUGUCAUGGCAUCUAAAUUGUCAUAGCGAUUAGUCCUAUCAAAUAUAUUUGCCAAAGAUCGAGCAAUUUGUUGUUCUUCGAUGCAAUAUGUAUUUUUCAUUAAUUGUUCCAA